CUGUAUCGCAUGGUCAUCAGCCCAGAACGCGAGGAGAAGACUCACCUCGCGGCACCAGUGCGCCCGAAGCAGUGGAAGACGUUGGACAAGUGGCACCGGAUCUUCGGCCACAUGGACGCCCGCGCGGUCUUGACGCUGAAGCGCAAGGGGAUGGUGACGGGUCUAGAGAUCGACGAGUCAGAACCGACGCACGAGCAGUGCAAGACCUGCGUGGAGGCAAAGCAGCACGUCGAGCCGUUUCCGAAGAAAUCACUCACCGAGGUCAAAGAGAUCGGCGAUCUGACUGUCUCGGACGUGUGGGGACCGGCUCGGACCGCAGCAAUCGGAGGUCAGCUGUAUUACGUGUCAUUCACGGAC